AUGUCUUCUAUUGAUUUAAGUUUUUUCGACAAUAUUGAUGCAGCGAUGGAAGAAGAGGCUGCAAGAAAAGAAGAAAUACUUCGGCUAGUACGAGACUUUGAUAAGACUUGCCGUGCUAUCACUGCUAUUUUGAAUAGAGUUCAUUCUGCUCAGGCCGAGGAAGUACCAACAGUCGGCAAAUUAGCUAUUGAUAGAUUUGAAGAAGUUAGACAGCACAUGACAAACCUUGCAAAACUUGUACCUCAUCAACAAUAUUACAGAUAUAAUGAACUUUGGAGUAGAACAGUUCAGAAUUCAGUUUUUCUUGCAGCAUUUGCAAUCUAUCUCCAAUCUGAAAAAUUAAUAACUGCAAAUGAAUUAGAAUCAUUGCUUGGUGCCAAGAUCAAUCUAAAUAAUGAUCUACAGGACUUUCACAUAUCUCUCGAAGAAUUCCUUCAUAGUUUUAUUACUUUAACUAAUGAAUUGUCUCGACUCGCUAUCAACUCAGUCACAGUUGGUGAUUAUAAUCGGCCAAUUCGAAUCUCACAUUUUGUUCAACAAUUAUAUACGGGAUUCCAAUUGUUGAAUCUGAAAAAUGAUGCUUUGAGAAGGCGUUUUGAUGGAAUAAAG